UUUACCACCAUCAGAGACGCACAAGUGUCGAAGAGUCACUGCCUGAUCCUCUGCUGAACUUCCUUUUGCCUGCCUGCGCGACAGGGAUUUCACUCUAGUUCCCUUUUCUUUUGAUAUUUAUUUCUUCUGAAGAUUUUUGAGGAAAAGGACAAGCAUUCAUCAUGCAGUCCUGUGCCAGGUGUAGGUUUGUGGUUUAUCCAGCUGAGAAGAUCAACUGCAUUGACCAGAACUGGCACAAAGCGUGUUUUCACUGCGACGUCUGUAAGAUGGUCCUCACUGCCAAUAACUUUGUCAGCCACAAGAAGAGGCCAUACUGCUCUGUACACAAUCCAAGGAACAACACAUUCACAAGUGUCUACGAGACCCCCAUCAACAUCAAUGCAAAGAAGCAGAGCAAGGCGAGCAGUGAGCUGAAGUAUCGUGAAGAUGGCGAGCGCUUUAUGUCCACGUUCCACUAUGACAUGAGGUCCAUGGAGCUGGAGAAGGCUCUGCUAGCCAAACAGAUGGCCAGCCAGGCUUUUCAGUCUCAUUCUGAGUUCUCACAGCAGCAAAUGUGGUAUUCAGGCACGGUGAGCAGUCAGGAUAUUGUGACGAUGUCUCAGGAACAGAAGGCCCUCAGUGAUGUGAAGUAUAGUGAGGAGUAUGAACAGUCGAAAGGAAAAGGCAGCUUCCCUGCCAUGAUCACACCAGGUUACAUGACUGCUAAGAACGCCAACACCUUGGCCAGUAGUCUGGAAUAUAAAAAAGGCCACGAGGAGAGAGUUUCAAAGUACACAACAUUUGUCGACCCCCCAGAGGUGCUUCUGGCCAGGAAACAGGGGCAAAUAGUUAGCGACUAUGCCUACACUGAAGAGUACGAGCAGCAGAGAGGUAAAGGCAGUUUCCCUGCACAUCUUACACCAGGAUACAAGAUGUCAAAGAAGGCCUCUGAGCAGGCCAGUGAUAUUAAGUAUCGUCAGAUGUACGAACAGGAGAUGAAGGGGAAAGCCAGCACUGAGGCUGCGAUAGCUGAGUCAGUUCACGCAAGGGAAAACGCAGAGAACUUCAGCCAGAUUGCCUACACUGAAGAGUACGAGCAGCAACGAGGCAAAGGGAGUUUCCCUGCGAUGAUCACUCCUGGUUAUUAUCUGGCAAAAAAGGCCCAGGAGAACGCAAGUAAUCUGAAGUAUAAGAAGGACUUAAACAAGAUGAAGGGCACCUCGCACUUCCACAGUCUGACAUCCGAAGACAAUCUGGCUCUGAAGAACGCCCGAAAGAUCAACAAGCUUGUCAGUGAGGUGGAGUAUAAGAAGGACCUGGAGAACACCAAAGGUCACAGCAUCAAUUUCUGUGACACGCCACAGUUUCAUAAUGCUGCAAAAGUCGCCAAGUUCACCAGUGAUAACAAGUACAAAGAGAAGUACAUCAGUGAUAUGAAGGGCCACUACGAAGACUCUGGCAUUGAUAAGAAGACCAUGCAUGCUAUGAAAGCCAGGAAAUUGGCGAGUGAU